AUGACUAGCAGUCGCGCUGCUUCACUCUGUUUUGUUCGCGAUUACUUGGAGUCACGUCUAUCCAUCGUGAAGAAAUACAAAGUAAGUACUUGCAGCAAGAGGUUCAGAGCGAAUCGACCGUAUUUUGAUAUGAAGGAUUAAUUCGGCAUACUGACACUUUCUUGCCAGGUAUUGGCCGAUCUGGAUGAGGAAAUACCAGAACGUUCUGCUGCAACCUCAAUGAUGGAGACUGCAUUCCUAGUAUCUUUAUGUUCGACAGAUAUCGGGACUUGUCAAUUGGUUACUAAAUGUAUAUGGCUGUAUUGUGAAGAGGCUCGAAUCGUGGAUGAUGCAGUGUCUGGACCGAAGGCAUCAAUGACACCCAUGCGAAACAUCGAUGUCUACGUCCGAAUUUCUUCAAAAGACUUUCGUUUUACUGGAUUGGUAGCCUUUCAAAAGCGUAUCCGAGGGUUUCUUCGGCAGAUGACUUGUCCAACAGCGGGAAUUUUAGCUGCCUGGGAAACCGUCUUCCACUCCUGGCUCAAAAUCUCUAAGAUGGACCAUCUCCUCAAUCGUUCCACGGAUAGUAGGGACGAACGGGCUCUUGUAGAAUGGCGCAACUAUUCUGGAUUUCUGGCCUCUCUUGGGGGUACUUGUAUUUCAGGGCAAUCUCUACCUUCAGAAGAACAGAACCUUGCCGGCCUUACAUGGAUCGAUCAAACCCUGCCAGAUAGCUUUGAAGAAGCACCUUUGACAAAGUACUUGAAGCAGAGCGUACAGUUGCUAGCUAGCCACAAUGUCAGAAUAAGGGAGGCCAUGAGAGAAGCGCUUUCAAGCGAACUUGCCUCCUCUUUAUACUUGCCCUUAUUCGAGAAUCUGGAAGCAGAACUAGGGGUUCUUUUUGACAGUUCGAGGGCCAACACAUCGCUUUCCAUCGAAUCGCGUGUCAUCUUCGGUGAACAAGCAUCGGCGCUUCUGAGAAGCAUCGUUGAGAAAUUGGGGGGACCAGCUGAGGCUGGAACAAAUAUUUCCAUCGAUGUUGGUGCCUUGACCCUCAACUUCGCCAAGUUCUUGGAUGAGAUGACAGAAGGCGCGAGUGUACUUCGAGUUAAGAUCAAGAUCUGCCAAUUAUGUGAGAUUGUCACACAAAAGAAGGACCUGCUCAAUCUUAGGCACGAUGUACGCAUCAGAAAUCAGCUUCUGGAAGUCAUAUUUAGCUGGAUUGCUCGUCCAGACACACCAAAAGAUACUGUCAGUGCUUCUAGCGCUACCAGCGGCAGCCGCAUCGACGAGAUUCUCAAGCUCCAUAGAGAUCUUGAUCGAGCAUGUUUGAAAGCUCUGGCUGAUCUGACAUACCGCCUUCCUUUACAGCCAGCGGAGGGUCAAACCGACGCCGAUACAAGCGACCUGAAAUCACAAAUGUUUCACACGUAUUUCAACAGAUUUUUGUCCCUGCUAAACUACGAGUCGAACGAUAUAAGAAGGCACGAACUGCGCGCCCCACAAGGUGCCAUUGGAGACCCUAAUUCCCCAGGGCUUGCCAUUACUGCUCUCUCAAACCUUCUUAGCGCAAAUAUUGAUGUAGGACUCAAACAUUCCCUUGGAAUUGGCUACCACGAGGAUCUCGACAUAAGAACGGCUUUUGUCAAGGUUCUUUGCAACAUAUUGGUUCAGGGCGCUGAAUUCAAUAACUUAUCAGAUACCGCCGUGAACGAGAGAUAUGACGAGCUAAUUGAAGUAAGUCUUCUCUGGAAAUACUUGUGAAUUUACGCUGACUCCCCCAGCUUCUAUUGAAAAAUAUGGGCUUAACCAUAGCUCUUUGCGAUGCAUGUCCAAGCACGGAAGUUGAUGAGAUGACAAUUUCUUUGCUUAACAUAUUUGACUCACGAGGCUUAGGCUUUACACUUCUCGAAGGACUCAUUGAGCACGAGGUUGAGCAAACUGGUAUGUGCCUACAAUGCUUCCAAGAAUACUUUUCGACUAACAUAUUGCAGAAAACGAAGCUGAACUUCUUAGGCGGAAUUGUGUCGCGACCAAGAUGCUUUCAGUCUAUGCUAAAUGGAAGGGCGCGUCUUACCUAAAAGCUACAUUGCAAAAGGUCCUCGAGCGCCUUGUUCUCACUUCGAAAGAUUUGGAUUUAGAACUUGACCCAGCCCGUACCACUUCUCCUGAAGAACUCCAAAAGAAUGCAUUGCAACUCCGAGUAGUUACCAAAGUCUUCAUAGAUGAUAUCUGUAACUCUGCUGCCCAUAUACCGGUUUCUUUUAGAAUGAUUUGCAGCAUAGUGAGUCUCCAACGUAAAGCACUCUCCAAAUCUGCACUUCUGACUUUAUUAUAGAUAUCCACAGCUGUCAUGAAGCGAUUUCCAGAAGCCAAGUUUACUGCUGUUGGGGCCUUCAUAUUUCUGCGCUUCUUCUGCCCCGCUAUUGUUGCCCCAGAUGUCGAGGGCCUUAUUACCUCUUCGCCCUCCAAAGAAAUGCGUCGCGGGCUGUUGCUUAUCGCCAAAGUGGUGCAGAAUCUUGCAAACAACGUUCUAUUUGGUGCUAAAGAGCCAUACAUGUUUCCACUGAACGACUUCCUCACCCAGAAUAUCUACCGUGUCACUACAUUCCUGCGAGAAAUCUCUGUUAGUGCUACCUAUUUAUCUUUCUCUUUGGAUUGACUGCUAAACAGACAAAGGUUGCUCCUACCAUGAACGAGCCGUCCAUCGACUCCGAAUCCUUUGACUUCGGAUCUUGUGUUGCACUCCACAGGUUUCUCUACGACCAUUGGGAUCAUGUUCGUCAAAAGAUAGUGGUUGGAGAGAGGAAAUCUGCUGUGCCGAUGCUCGACUUCGGCAGAGAAUCUCUUCCAAUAUUGGACUCACUUCGAAAGCUUAUUAACAACCUUGGUCCUCCGCCUAUGGAUGUCUCAUGGAACCGACCGAUGAUCUCCCUUAAUACCCCGCCAUCCUAUUCUCGAUUUCAGCAUUUCAUGCUUCGAAACGCGGGCAGGAACACCGAAUCAUUGGUCUCAACUCGCGCUGUUUAUGAUGGGGGCGAAAGCAAGGUUUGUGCUGUCCUCAAUGGUUUGGAAGCUUGACUAAUCAUAGUUUAGGACGGAUUGCCGAUGAUUUGCGUCAUCUUGAGAAAUAUCGAUACGGAAGCUGUCGACUACGAACUGUUAUUGUUCGGGUAUCUAAAGAUUGCCAGUCGUAUGUGGCAUCGUCCUUUUGGUAUACUAGUUGAUGCAACCUGCUAUAAUGGGCAGAAUGAGCCACAAGAUGCCUUGUUUCGGCAGUUAGACCUGUUAACGCCAACCGAACUUUCGAAACAGCUUUCAAGAGUCUUCGUGUACAAUAUGAACAGUGCAUUUAGGUAAGUGGCCCUCUCCCACCUUCAGAACGCCAACCUUAUUUGCCUCUUAGAAAAUGUUUCCGGCGUAUUUUGCGCCUUGCUGCCAAGAGCGAAAUUAGUGCAUUCCAUCCUAAAAAUGUUGAUUAUCACCUUAUUGGUAGUCUCCAGGAUCUCCAAGCUCAUUUUCAUCUGAGCCAACUCCAUUUACCAAAAGAGACCAUCAGCGUGGUUACCGAUACUCGAUACGUUUUCCAGCCGAUUACAAGGCUGUCCAAAACGAAGGGGAAGGUGGAAGUCGUGAUCAAGGUCGGAAGUCAAUUUGUGCAGGUCACUACUGCGAAGAAGCAAGAAGUUGUGCCAGGGCUGAGACUUCACGCUACUGUCAACGACAUCUUUCGUCUCUCUGAGGUGGAUGAAGCUCCUACAUCCAUACAGACAGAAGACGACUCUGCCUUUGGUCUCAGAACGGAAAACGGAAAGAUUGUAAUGUACUUUACAAGUCCAAGGAAGCCGGAUGUUCUUCAAGCAAUCAGGGGAGCCAAAUCCAAAUAUGGAAAAGAGCUGAGGACUCUCAAAUCCUUUGAAAGACUCGUUAGGCCUCAAGAUGUACCAGGAACUCUGCUGAACAUUGCUCUCACAAACAUGGCCAGCUCUGAUCAAAUUCUUCGGCUUGCUUCGUAUAACUUGCUGUGCGCACUUUGCCGUGCAUUCAAAUUCGCCGCUGACGCCAAGUUCAUGAGUACAAAUGGUUUGUGCUUUUCUCCUUGCAUUUUUUUACUUACUAACCUCCCAUAGAACUUUGCGUUCCGCUUAAUCCGUCCCAGUUUAUCAUUGAUAUCAGUCAGCAACUAGCGCGGUCUGAGCCUCAACUCACGGUGGACUUUCUCAACGAGUUUUUCGUGGGAUGGGAGAGUUUUCCAUUUUCGCAACGACCACUGAGUCUUGCAUACAUGGCGCCCUGGCUACCAAGUUUGCGGACGAGUUUAAUGCCCACAGAUAUUGACAGCGACAAAGCCAGGGAGAAAGUUGCAACAAUUUUUCGGAAGCUCAUAGAAGUAGCUAUAUCUGAUGUCACUCUCAGUACAACUUUGGAGCACCGGGUAUGGCCUAUUAUCUGCCGGGAUGAGAUUUAUACCGAAGUCUUCUUGGAAGAAGUCAUCAAGGCGGCUCUGGGCUACGGAAUUGAAGAUGAGCGGACUGAGAUCCUUGGAUCCAUCAUUGCUUCUCUUGGAACGAUCACAAUACGUGGAAGACUCCUUUCGCGGCUCCGAAAAGCACUCAAUAGAACAUCGCUGCGCCCUACUUGA